CCUUUCCAACAGGCCCAUCAUCAAAAAAUCCAUUUCCUUUCCAACAGCCCAUCCAGUCGGUUCCAUCAAACCAGAGAAAAUGAAUCCAGCCGCAGCCGCAGCCGCUUAGGUGUAGCAUCAACUUAUCGGAAACUAGCCGAACUGAAUCAACUCAUCGGAAACGCAGCCAAAAAUCGCCACAAACAGUGACAAAUCCUUUCAGGGUUUGUUGGGAUUAGGAGAUAGGAGAAAAUGAAGCAAGUAGUAGGAAUGGUGGUUUCGAAUAAAAUGCAGAAGUCGGUUGUGGUGGCAGUGGAUAGAUUAUUUCACCACACGGUGUUCAACAGAUAUGUUAAACGCACUUCAAAGUUCAUGGCUCACGACGGGAACAAUCUUUGUAAUAUCGGUGACAGGGUUCGAUUGGAUUCUUCUAGGCCUUUGAGCAAGCGUAAACAUUGGGUGGUUGCUGAAAUUCUCAAGAAAGCACGCAUAUAUGUUCCUCCUUCUGCACCGGUGUCUGAGAAUGUGAGCUCCGGAGGACCUACAUCUACAUCAUGAAUUGGUUAAAGGGUCCUGGUGGAAGACCUGGCUUUGGUCGUGGUUCUGGUGGCUUUGGAGCACCAACAAGUUCAAACCAUGCUUAAAUGUUAUGAUUUCUGAUCCAGUUCAUGCAGUUUUGGCUGUCUUUAGAUCCUAUAGUAUUUCCCCCUCCUCUCAAAGUUGUUUAAUCCCUCUGACAUUUUAAUUUAUAGUUAUUCAUGCAAUGAAGAUUUUGAACUGAA